UGGGGCCAGUGCCAUAGGCACUGCCCCAAAUCCAGAUCUUCUUGAGUUAAGCCUGUCCUGGCACCCAAAGGGAAGGGGCAUCUGGGGUGGGGGACCACAGGAGACUUGAGACUUUUAUAGUGACCCAGUUUUAUCCAUUAUGUUUGUCUGGCACCCGCAGUACUGCCCUGUCCUCCUCCCAUUCCUGGCCCCUGUGCUGGUGUUGCAAGUGCCAGGGAGAUAGUGAGAGGAAAGGGUGAGGGCUGGGGAGUGACGGAGGCUGACAGGAGGCGGGGACUCUGUUGGGGGGCUGAAGGACUAUAAAGGGGCACAGCCAAGAGGGCAGGGGGACCCAUCUGGCCUGAGGCAGGUGCCCGCUUCGUCCAUCACUGGCUCUCUGGAUUCAGCAUGGCUGCCACACACCACUGCCUCUCCCUGCUGCUCCUGUCCACCUGUGUGGCUCUGUUGCUGCCGCCACUGCUGGGUGCCCAAGGAGCCCCACUGGAGCCGGUGUACCCAGGGGAGAAUGCCACACCAGAGCAGAUGGCCCAGUAUGCGGCUGAGCUCCGCAGAUACAUCAACAUGCUGACCAGGCCUAGGUAUGGGAAAAGAGACAAAGAAGACACACUGGGCCCCUUGCAGUGGGGCUCCCCCCACGAAGCUGCCCCCAGGGAGCUCAGCCCAAUGGACUUAUAAUGCCACUUCCAGCUUCCUAUGACUCCAUGAGCAGCACCAGCCCAGCUCGACCCUCUACACCCUUUGCUCUGGUCAAAGCUUGCUCCCUGCUCCCAUGCAGGCUAAAUAAAGCAAAUCAAAG